ACAUAACCACAAUCAAUCAGGAAGUUUAAAACACAGAACAUACCCCUAUACAUGGGGGAUAUUUUGUGGUUUAAAAUAGUUUUGCAAAACAUUAUCAGAGUGUAUCCUAGAGAGAAUUUUGUGCUUUUCUUAUGGAGUGUCGUUUUUAAAACAUUAUUCGACAGUAAAUAGCACUAGGCAAUCUCAUUUUCGUUGGUAAAUACAGGGUCGCUUGAACUUGAUCUUCAAAAGUUUUAGUUAAAGCAGAGAGUGGUUUGUCUAACUGAAAAAAUGUGUGAUGCGGACGAUCAACUAUUGGGGGUAAGGCCCGAAAAUAUGAACACGGCCCAGUUGGAAGAGCUUGUUAGGGUACUUAAAGAAAGAUGCCAGUUAUAUGAGAGCGAAAAUGCCGCGUUGGAGAAAAUAUUCGACAACUUGAAGAUGCUCGAGGAUUGCAUGUCUCCAGUCGCUACCGAGCCCUUGGAAAGCUUGCUAACAUCUAUUGAGGAAGAGUCGGCUGAUCCGAUAAUAAUGAGACAACAAGAGACGUAUUUGAGGAAAGUAAAGACUUGCGUCAAAUAUUACAACGUCUUAAAUGAAGCAGUUACUCAAACCACAGCAGAACUGAAAAGUCAAUUAGAGGCUGCCAGAACGUGCCCAGAGGUAGUACGAGACUAUCCACAGAAUAUCCUGGGGUUUCAAGAAAAGUUAAAAAAAUAUGAGAUAGAACUUCAUAAGCUGCAAAAAAAGAACUCGUUUCUAAACAAUCCCGAAUACAAUUUACUUGAAAUUGAGAAAGAAGUCAACACCCUUCGAGCGCUCAAAGAGGAGACUGAGAUGUUGCUCAAAGACCUGAUGGUUUACGCAGGCUUGAAGCCCUCAAUUGCAGAAGCCAAACACCAACUAAAAGAACUGAAAGCGGAAUGCAACACCAAAUGAGAUAAUUGCCAUUUAUUCAACAAGCUUCAUUGUAAAUAAUGAAUUUCAGUUAUAAGUAAUUAAAAAAGGCACACAAUGAGUUGCCAACUUAAGCAAUAUUCAAAUAAAUGUGUAUUUUUUCUAUUCUA